AUGCCCCUGACUUCUUCCCGCUCUUCCUUACUUGCCGGAAGCGGAAGUGGAGGGCGUGCUCGACUCAUCUCCAGGAGUGAACCCAAACUCGCCUCGCCUUCUUCCCCCUCUUCCUCCUAUUCCAUCCCGGCGGCCCAGCAACAGCUUCACGAACUCCAGCAGAAGAGGAAGCUACAGAAGAGCCUGCGGAAGAAAGACCGGAACAGAGAGGGCAGGAAAGACGAAGGAGGAGGAGGAGAAGAAGAAGAAAAGAGAAAGCCGAAGAGACUCCUGCACAGCUGGCAGUUGGACUUCGGUGGAUUUCGACACCACCGGAGCACGGAUUAUCUCGCGGCAGUGGUCCAAGAGAGUGAGAAGCGGAUAGGCGAAUCGGAACUAUCUCGUUCGAAGCGGCAUCGGGCCUGCGGUGUUCAAGCCACCCUCAGUGUCGAUAGUUGCCCGCCGAAUUUCGACCGACCGGUUUCGUGUUGGCACAUUCCGGCGUCGUCCCAGCAGCACAGGAGUCACCUGAGACAUUCCUGGGCCUGGUCCCUGUUUUCCUCCAGUCGUCCCUCUUCCCCCAACACCCGAAGCGUCGGGAUUUCCGCUUCCGUGGACGACGUCUUCAAUCCCCCGAAGCGACGGUCCUGGUUCAGUUCUCUGGCCUGGUUCACCCGCAGCGAGGAGACUCUUAGGAAGCGGAGUUCCACCCUCUAUUCCCCGAAAGGGUCGUGCACGGAGAUCCAGGUGGAAGAGAUCACGGACCUCUCGUCCGUUUCCGCCAUGAGUCUUCCGACGAGUCCGAGUCCUCGGACUCAACCCCCUCCUGCUCAAAUCUCUUCCGCUCCGAGUUCCAAAAAGUUCAAAGAGAGACCCUUGUCCCAGCUGCUGCGAAAACUCAGUCCCGGCGGCAGCAAUCGGAAGGAAAAGGCCAAGUCCUGGGUCGUCGUCGAGUUUGCUCAAAACUCCAUCGAAGGCGGUGGAAACCAUCGUGCUCAACAGGAGACGCCCACCUGCAACAGCAAAAAGGAGUCUCAUAAAAAGGACUCCAUGUUAUCGGCUUUAUCGCCGCGGAAAGUGCUGAAAGAAAUGAGCGAGUCCAUAAAGAAGGGCUCGGCGUCGUCGAGCCAAGCGCCUUUGCAAGAGGUCCGGGUGAAAAUCAUCGGGCCGGAUGAAUCCCCGGCUAAGUCUCGGCCGGAUGAAUCCCCGGCUAAGUCUCGGCCGGAUGAAUCCCCGGCUAAGUCUCAGGAGAGAAGAGAUGGCGAUCCGGCGAGGCUGAAGGAGGGAAAGAAAAUCAAGGAGAGAAAGGAGAACGAGGAGGGAAAACUUGCUGCUUCCGCCGUCGACAUGCCGUCGCAGGUUCCGCUCAAACCGGGAGACACCAGAUCUGGAAGACCGGUGUCCCUCGAAAUCUGUCGAGUUCAAGGACAGGAAGAGGAACGCAAGCGCGCGGAUUCCAAGUCCAAGGGGAAGGGAGGGAGUGCUUCUGCUCGUGGCCACCAGAUGGAAGUGCUGGCAUCCAAGAUGGCCUCCAUCGAAUCCAUCGGGACGUGCAGUCUCGAGGCGGAAACGACGGACGGAGAAGCCAGUGAACGAUCUUCUACAGCUUAUGAAGAGCCACAGAUGGGGAAAAUGAUAAGGUUGGAGGUUACGAGGAUCUAUUGGGUAGCAGGAUAG